AUGGAAGACAAGCAUAACUUAGGGGCUACAAGUGCUCAAGCCCAAGGAGUUGUUGGAUCUAACACCUUGAUAGACAGAUUUAGUGCUCUUCCAAACGAAGUGGUACUGCAUAUCAUGUCAUCUACAGAAGUCAAGGACUUAAUUCGACUGAGAUGCGUAUCAAAAAAAUGCAAAAAGCUUUCUCUCUCAGUGCCCUCACUAAAUAUUGACGGAUCUUCAUCCAUCUACAAGAAAUCCAAGUCGAAGCGGCUGAACUUGUUGAAUCACUUGGAUAGGUUCUUAAUGCAACGUAAGGAUUGCAAGAUAGGACGGUUACGUAUUGCUUGGUCCUUCAACGGUGCAAAUACCUCGGAGGAGCAAUUUCGAAUAGCCACAUGGAUAAUCACUGCAGUUAGCUGCAAUAUCGAAUAUCUUGAGCUAGUUUUCUCUAUCGAUAAUGGCUCGACAUUUGAGUUGCCAUAUGACCUCCUUGAUUGUUCAACUUUGAAGACUCUAAAGGUGGACUUGAGCAGCAAGACUCUUAGACUUCCCGCUUUGGCUGUUCCCUCCAAUCUCCAGCGCCUGCAUUUGAAGGAAGUCAUCAUAUCUGAAGAGGUUUGGAAAUGGAUCUCCAGCUUACAUCUUACAGAAUUGCGGCUUGAACAUGUUAAUGGGAUUGGAAGCGUCACCGUUGAAAUCCCGUCAUUGAUAAAAUUCCAUCUUGAAUUUGUGUAUUAUCAAAAUAGGAUCUCCAAGCUUCUCAUCUCAGGUGCUAAACUUGAAGACAUAGAUGUACGUGGGCCAUUUAAUGAACGUGGAUUAGACUCAUUGAAAAUUGUUGCUUCAAAUCUUAGACGUCUGAAAUUGCUGGGUUAUCUGAUGAAUCAACUAUCUCUUGGGAGAUUUACAUUUCUAGAAAAAGCCGAGCUUUUCCUAUCUCCUACAGCAGAUGACAAUGGAAAGCUAUUUGAAGUUUUCAGCAGUGUAAGCAGGACGAAAGUUCUUCAUCUCGAUGAAAAGACCAUAGAGGUAUUGAGGGAUGGUCCCGUGCAAUUGCCAUUACAUGAUAUCAGUUGCUUUCGAGCUUAUCUUGUGAGGUUGACCGACGACAUUGUCCCAAAUAUAGCCCAUCUUCUUCGUGGGAUGCCUAAUUUGAACACUUUGUUCAUAGCAACUUCACCAUCCUUGCUCUAUGAACUCUUUCCUUAUUAUAAUUGGUUUUAUAGAGGAAGAUUGGUCCCUUACGAUGAGGUCAAAGAGAAUGCUCCUGGAAGCGGGUGUAAUAAAAGUUAUUGGAGUUCACAAAACCUGGCUUGUAUUGAUCAGCUUAAGGAGGUGAGAUUAGAGCUUUCCAAUGGAACUAACGAAUUGGACUUGGCAUGCUACAUACUAGAGAAUGCCAAGAAUUUGAAGAAAAUGGUCAUCAUUCAUACAUAUCACCAAUCACCCGCUGUAAGGAUGAUCAAUGCAUGCAACCUGAGUUCAUGUGAUGCCCGAGUUCUGUUCUACAGGAGGAAAAAACCGACCCUGAUGGAUCUUGUUGGAUACCAACAUGGACACAACAUUGGACCUCGUGUGUUAGCCCAAUGA